AUGGCGGCCGAUAGUGACGGUGAGCAACAGAAACGGACAAACAUUAGUAAACGUAGAAACGAUGGCGAUGACGGCGGCAACAACAGCACGCUGAAAGCGGUGGUGAUAUGUGAGGGAAACCUGCACGACCCCGACUUCCCGGCACGUCUCGAGAGUUUGAUCGAGAACCUGUCAACGCUGGUGGAAGAAGAGGUAGCGGAUGAUGGCGCCGACAGACAGGAGGAUGACACCCGAAGGCUGAAGGUGGAUAAGGUGGAACCGUGGAAUAGUGUGCGUGUCACACUCUCUAUACCGAAGGAGGCCGCCAUCCGGCUGCGUCGGCUAGCGGCCGAAGGCAACAGUGCACUCCGUGCGCUGGGCAUCCUGUCGGUGCAGCUGGAAGGCGAGACCGUUCUCUCGCUGCGUCUGACUGGCCAACAGGAAAUAGUGCUCCGAACAGAUAAUUCGGCUACCGAUGGACCAAGCAAUAGUGGUUUGGGGGAGCUGGCCCGCGUUCUAUCGCAGCAACAGCACCAAGCGAACCUGUCACAACAGCAGCAACAACCCUUACACCUGCCCCACCAGCAGCAACAGCAACAUCAAAACCUCUACCACCACCAUCACCACCCACAGCAGCAGCCGCAACAGCAACAUGCAACGCCACAGCAUGUGCAGCAGUUGCAACAACAUCAUCUGCAGCUCGUCGGCGCGAACGAUGCUAUUGCCGGGCCAUCGAAGGGCGCGGUCCAUCCGCCGAAGCCCCUUGCGAAUGGUCCGCUGCCAUUGGAUGGCGCCGGAGCCGCCACCGCCGCCGCUGCCGUUGCCGGGGGCGGCCCAGUGUUCAAGUCACCCAACACGAUCUGCCCGAUGGAUGGCAAAGUUCCCGUCCUUGUGCCAAACGCUGCGGCCGAUCCCUGCGAGUAUCCGUUCGAGAGUAUGACGCAGGCCAGGGUGAUACAGCGUCGCGAAAACACGCUUGGGUUGGUCGGCAGCGUCGCCGGUGGCGCACCCGGUGCCGCCGGUGUGAAACCAUCUCCGAAUGGCCAGUUUGUCGCUCCCGUCGGAGGUGCUGCUUCUGUGACACUAAGUGCGGGGCCACCACCACCACCACCAUAUCAAUCGGCCGUGACCGGUGUGAAGGCGGCUCCCCUAGGAGGAGCGGGAACCGUAGUCGGCACAGUGCCGCCGCCCGGUGGUGUUCCGAUGGUAGCAGGCAGCCAGCCCACUACUACACCGGUCGCCGUUGGUGGUGCUCCCGGCGCUGGCCUUCUGGCCGGCAACAAUGUGGCCAUGUCUAGCCCUUUACUAGUGAAUUUGCUGCAGAACGAAAACAUUCAGCAACAAGCAAUACCAUCAUCACCUCACCAGCAGCAGCACCUAAUGCGCAGUGCCGGUCAGCCGAUCUUGAAACACGAGCUUUCAAUGGUCGCCAGUGGUGGUGGUCAAGUGAUGGUGAAAGGUGUCAUUCCAGCGGUUAGUGGCGGAGUCGGCAUUCAGUCUUCUUCUACUUCGUCCAAUGCGGCGGCCCCGAACGCCGUUAGUCCAGUGAGCGCGAGUGACAAUGAUUCAAAUAUCGGUUUAAAGUGUGGCGCAGCAGUAGUGAGCAGUGUCGCAGCAGGCGCCGCCAACCCCCAGCAACAGCAUCUAGUGCAUCACCCAGUGAUUGGCGCCGGUGCUUCGAUGGUUUCACCUGGCCCCAUGGUCGUCCAUCAGCAGCAGCAGCACGCGUUAGUGAAUAGUAGUAGUCCGCUACGAGCUCCGCCGGUUGCCACGACGACGGCGAUGGUCGGUGGCGCAGUGGGCAGUGGAAGCGGUAGCAGUGUGAAUAGCAGUAACAGUCAUCCUCAUCAGCAACAUCAUCAUCAUCCAAUGACGAACAGUGUCAGCAGCAACAGCAGCAGUAACAAUCAGCAAAACAUUUUGAAUGUGUCGCCUUCUUCUCUAGUAACUCCACCAUUGUCAGUGCCUUCUAAUAGUAGCGGCUGCGCCGGCAGCAGCAGCACCGUAAACACGAUAAAGAUGCAGCGAUACAGCAUCGGGCCAACAGGUUCCGGGGCAGGGAAUGCUGCUGCUGCCGCGGCGAGCGGGAUGGUCAUGGGUCCCGCCAUCCGGCAUCCGCAGUCACAGCAGCAGCACCAGCAACAGUUGCUGCAACAGCAACUGCAGCAUCAGCAGCAGCAGCUAGUCGUCACCGGCAAUCGAGCGGCGCUGGUAGGGCCACCAUCCGGUCACUCCGCACUGAGACCGCCGCAGCCGACCACGUUGCUUCAGCAGCAGGAACAGCAGUUGCAGUUGCAACUGCAGCAACAACAUUCCCAACAAAUAAGUCGCAUGCCGGUUCAGCAUCAGCAGCAGCAGCAACUGUUGGCACAACAACAGCUGCCCUUUCGACAACCGAACGCCCUACUGGCAACGUCGCAGCAGGCGGCGGGAAGCUCUUCAGCCGCCGGUUUUAAUCAACGAUGGCCUUCGCUGCCGAUGGACUCGGCGACCAAAUCGAGCUACCAAGAGUUCGCUCGCUACCAGAUGCAAUACAAUCUCAGUCAGCAGCAGCUAAGUAAGCCGGGAGUUGGAUCACUGGAGCAGCAGCCGCAGCAGCAGCAACAAACGAUGGAUGUGGCUGCGUCCGUAAGCGAUUCACUUGAGCUGGGCAACUGUUUGGUGGAUCUGCCCGAUUUGGCCAAGAACGAUCUGGACUCACUGCUUCCGAGCGAUCUGGACAGUGCCCUGUUCGACACCAAGCUGGACGAUCUGGACGACCUGGAUCUGAUGGAUCAGCAGCAACAACACCCGUUGCUAGUGAACGAACAACAACAACCACUGCCGCAGCCGCACCAACUAUCAAUUGGUUCUAGUGGUACCACCGCGUUACUGCACGGAGGAGCCGCCACGGCGGUGGCUGCGGCAGGUGGAACGUUGGUUGGCACGGCAACGAACGUCACCCUGCCGGGAUCGGGGCUAAUGGAUUGCAUCACGGGAGCCGCUUCCCUCGGUGUGGCAGAAGGGCAGCUCAAAGAGCGCCGCCGCAAGUCACCACAGGUACUGGUCAAUCCGCUGACGGGUGAACUGGAGGAGACGCUGGUUGAAGAAGCCGUGGACCACACCGGCGACGCAACGGCCGGUAGCUCGGGCUUGAGUCUGCACCUGAAGCAAGCACAACUCGGCGGGACUGGCGUGACCCAUGUCAACGAUUUUCCGCCCGAAGCGAGCAACUCGCUCUACUCGGACGACGACACGACCGGUAGUGCGGGAAUCUUUUCCUCGCGCUUCCCGUCGGACACGAGCGAUACGGACGCCGUGUCGGCCACGGCGGGCAACGGUAAUGUGGCCAGCUUCGCCAUGGGCAUAGCGCUCGGUGGUAUGUCCGCCGGUAGCAUUUCCUCCGGGGUAGCCGCGUCAACCGCGCCAAAUAUUACCGGAAAACCGCGUAAAAUUAAGAAAUGUCGAGCGGUACGGAACACACCCGCGGUGAACGAAAAGCUAAAAGAAAAACCGAGAGAACGAACGAAAUCGUCGCUGAAAACGGUGAAGCAGAAGGCAAAAGUGCUGUCCACGUCGGUGCUGCCGGUGGACGGUGGCGGAAACAAUUCACCGACGAAGAGUGGCACUGAGAUUAAGUUACGCUUGAAGCUGGAAAAGUCGGACGCAAUCACGGUGACGGUUCCGGGCCGGCCGUCCCCGCUCGGUAGUGGCAACACCGGUACGACGGGUGGACAGCUGAUGAUGUCCUCCGUGGCGAUGUCCACCUCCGGUACCUCCGGUAGUGGCCUUUCGCCUUCGCUAGAAGGGCCCAGUUACGCUCAACAGCUGGUAACGUUGACUCGAGCAAUGCAGCAAUCGCCGAUCGGUGCACCGGUCCAACAGCAGCAGCAUACGGGAACUGCGACCACCUGUAGCGCCAGUAGCCUAGCAACCACCGCUACUACCGCCGUCGCGGCCAUGGCAGCGACCGUGCGCGACGUGAACAUUUGUGGCAAUAGUAGCACUGGCGGCGGCGGCGUCGGCGUCGCCUUGGCCAGUGGCGGUAAUGUUCAAACUCCGUCUCCCGCUGGCGAGGAGCUGCGAGUGCCGCCACUCCACAUAAGCUUGCGGGGGAAGAAUUCCGUUGUGAUAAAGAACUCGCGGAAAGAUCGGAAGAAAAGUCAGAGCGGUGGCGAGGAGGACAGCAGUGACAACGGCGGUGGUGGUGGCAGCAACGGGACUAAAGCUUCCGGUGUCACGGCCAACAGUAAGCGAAACUCGACGGAUACCGCGAACACCGCGGCGAUGGGUUCCCCGUUUGCGGUGGCGUCGUCUCCACCAGCGGCCACUACUCAGCAGCAGAAUCACAUCGGCGGCCCGGCUGCGAAGGCCCGUGGUGGCGGAACUGAUGAGGUGGUGCCACUGGGGGGACCGGUUUCUGACAUUCCGUCACAAAAACGAACGGCCUCGGAUGCACUCGCGAGCCCGAACGGGAUCGUGUGUCCGGAGAAAAGGCGUCGCCUGAGCAGCGGUAGCGUUGGGGGGCUCCUGGCGACGAGCGGUCAGCCGGGAGCGGCGACGGCGGUCCCCUCCUCCGAUGGCUGCCCAACGACGGCCGUCACUGCCGGUGUGCAGGAGAUCAAUGAAAUAUACGAGUCCAUCAUCACUACAACCGCCAGCGGACCGAUCGGUUCGACCAACGUCGGGACGGUUCCAGCGUCGAACGUUUUACUCCAUUCCAGCGCCAAUGUCACAAAAAACUCGAAGAGCUCCGGUGCGAACAGUAACGCUAGUGGUGGCAAUAACGCCCACGGCACCCCCACGGUCGUCAGCAGUAACAUGAUCAUUAACAACAACAACAACAAUAGCCACAAUAACAAUAACAACAACAAUAAUAGCAGUAGUUAUGGUAAGGGUCACAAAAAUCUCAUCAAAGCCAGUGCCGCCGCCGCCAGUACGCCACCAGCGAUCGGUUCCAGCGGGGUAGGCGCUGCUAGUGUUGCGAUGAUCGAUCCUGCAGCGGACAACGCGCCAGCCCCCGCGACGUCGACGGCGGCGCUGGUGGCGGUGUCUCCGAAGACGACAACAACCACAACAUCAUCUACCUCAAGUGAGCAACAAACCUCCAACGAUGGCGGCGGCGUCGAGGAACCGCAGAGGCCCCAGAUGCUGCCAAGCAGCGAUCAUCAUCGUCAGCAGGCGCAGGCGAACCAUCAGGAAAAUCACCUGAAGGAGGAACGGGAGGAGAAUCAUCACAGUCAGAAUCGACCACCGGAGCAGCUGCUUGCGGACGGAGCGGAAGGAACUUCGAUAGAGACGGAACUCGGUGGAGCCACAGCUAGUGAAAUGGCGAAGGAACGACGGGAAGGCGGCGUAGAUGGGACACCGUUGACAGCGGCCACACCAUCAGCGGGCUCGGGUGUCGGGACACCAACGACCACAGCUACGAUACCGCCGACGGCGAUUGUGGUUGGUGGCGGUAUGAAUCAUCACCAUUUGCUGGGCCACGCGACGGGUGUGCGAGGUUCGCCCGGAUCUCAGGCGCAAGGUGAAGACAGCGGCAUCGAGUCGAUGGACGCUCUGUCAGAGAAGAGCCCCCACCAGCUGUCGUCCCACAGCCCGCAGGGAAGUGGCAGCAGUAGCAGUAGCAGCACCAAUGGCAAUGGUAGCACUCCCGGCACCACCAAUGGUAGCAGCGGCGGUGGCGUUUUGGAUGCUUGCGCCAAGCAGAUGCUCCAGAUGGCCGACAGUCCGCAGCUGGCAGGCGCAACCGAUGGGCUAACCGGCGGCGGCGGCACGAUGGACGAUCAGUUGGCUCGGAAUAGCGAGGUACAGCGGCGGUUGCUAGAAAUGGACGUGAAAGCCGGCACCACCACAUUGUUGAUGGAGCGCGAUGCAGACGAUAUGCCGGACGAUGAAAUCGAGGCCGAACUGGCAAAGAUGGGCCUGAACGAGGGCGGGACCUGUGAAACGAAGCUGAACGGAGAGCAUUCGCCGUUGCUCGGAAAAUCGAAAUCAUCGCCCGAUCACGACCGCUUGGAUCGGGCGGAUUUGAGCAAAAUUUUAGAUGACAUCGAAGUAGACACCGUCGUCACGGCAAGCGUUGUCACUGGAAACGGCAUCGAAGGCAUCGAUGAGGAGGAUGAUGAAGACGACGUGACGCUGGAAUCGCUUCACUUGAAAGUGCUUACCGUGCCCCGGGACACUGCACAGAAGCGUGGCCAUCGGCUCCACGCUGAUGGAGGGCCGAAGCAACCGACGACCGUCGCCACGUUAAAGCGAAGGUCGGAAAAGCCGGAUGAAACCGGGGCUGGUAGCAAAGUGGUGGUAGUAGCUGACGCAAAACCCGGUGUGGUAGCGGUUCCCGUCGUCACUGACGACGGUGAUGAAGCGCCGGAGAAAGGCGUGCCAAUCGACCACACCGCGGUGGGGGGAACGAAAGAAGAAAAGGAGGAACGUCACCGGAUCGAUCAACUGAGUGCCGUCGGGGUGUCGGCCGACGACGAUUGCCGCACUAACAAUAGUAAGGAUAGUCCUAGUGUGAAAAGCGAAUGUGAUAGUAAGAUAAUGAUGCUAGUUGAAGGUAAACAACACUUAGUUAAGUCUGAUCCCGAGGAGGCUAUCGUUAGUAGUGUAAGGAAGGGUUUAAGAAAAUCUUCCGACGAGCAAAGUGCCGUAACGGUAACGGGGCGCGGCGACGAGCUUCAACCUUCCUCCGUGGUCGUCGUCGUGAACAGCGUGAAGGUGGAGACCGUAUCUUCCGUGCCGGCAGCAGCGGUAUCGUCCGGGACGUUGGUAGAGGCAAAACCGGAACCGAAAAGUCCGGAAACCGGCGAAGUGUUGAUCGAGCUGAAACCACGCCACGAGCAACCGCCGCUGUAUAGUUACUCCAGCGAGAAGGCCCGCGAAAGACGCACGGCAGCUGCGGCCAGCGACGGUGGCCAACUGGGGGUAGCGAGCGAAGGUAAAGUUCGACACAAUUCCACUUCAGGCGCCGUCGAUUUAGGUCUCUUCGAAGUGACCGCAUCGGAAGCUGACGAACAAAUCCAUCCACCGGCUGAUGAUCCGUCGGCGGAAGGAAAAGUGGCCGUCCUUCCGGAGGGCCAGGUACGGAGCAAUGUUGAGCUGGAAGCGAAUGGCAAAGAAAUAUUGUCGCAACUGUCCAUUGAGAUUCCAUCGCACGCGGAAAGUGGAGAACAUCGCAUACGGACGCGAGCAUCCAGUAAGCUCGAGAGUCCGCUGGAGCUCCCCCCGCGUCAAAGCCCCUCCUCGGGACCACCGGAAUCGGUCUCUGUGCAGACUCCGUCGGCGACUGCUGCCGGCAGCAGUGGCAGUGCCGGGCAAACGCCUAGAGCAAAUGGCUCCACGGGCGGCGGCGCCAACAGUGGACAUUCCGCGUCGAGUGGAUGUGCUGGGACACCGGUAGGAGGAGCAGGGACCACAGCUGAACGGCAAAGUCCCAAAUCAGCCGGAGCCGGAGCAUCGACAGCCAAGUCCGGUGGUGGACCAAACAAGCGGAAACGACAGGGUUCGGAGGGUUCUUCCCAGACCGCCACUAGUGACGAUACCCCGACUCGAGCAAAAAAGUCACGCAAAGCCGGUGUGACCGUCAACCAUGCCGUCUCUUGCCUGGGGCAGGGUCCGGAAUCUAUGAAGGGACAGGGUCGUAGAUCCGCCGAAACGAUAGCGAAGGGACGGAUGCCGCGAAAAACGGCCAACCAGGCGGCGGCAGCUGCCGCGGCGGCGUUAGCGAUGAUUGCGACAAUAUCGGCCCCGGUAACGGUCGAUUCUUCCGACAGUGACGAGCCGUUGAUCGAAAUUGCGGGUAAAGCUCGAAACACCAAACUAACCUCCAAAUCCAGCUCAACUUCCAUCACCGCAUCCACUGUCCAACCUACUAGCGUUACUUCUGCUACCAAUACUACUUCUUCUCUACCUGCUUCUACUACUACCACCAUCAUCACAACCUGUAAUACUACUACUAUUACUACUACUACUUCUAUUGCUACUACUACUACUACAACUGUCAACGUUGCUACGGCUGCAAACUCUUCUCCGUCCUCUGCAAUGGCCACUACGAUCGAGAAAAAUACUACAGUGUCCACCUUUCCAACAACAGGUGCUACUGCCAGCAGCAACCAUGGCAACGGCAGUGAGCGAAGAGCUUCACUUCACGCUUUCACCGUAACGUCGUCCUCAUCGUCGAUCGCUGGGACGGCGGCCGCCGGAUGCGAAAAAGAAAAGUCACUUCGUAAUCUGCUCAGUAAAUCCGCGGCCAUGGCCAGUGUUGCUGUGACAAAUGCCAAGCAAAGUCACGGAGGAACUUCGGGAUCUACUGCGCAACCGGCAACGAGUGCUUCGUCGACGGUCGUUCUUUCCGUCCCGUCGUCGCCGUCAGCCAACGUAGUAGCGAGCUCGGUCGUCGUUCAGGACAGAGGUGGCUCUUCCGGUAGUACCAUUGUUUCUUCAGCGACCAACACCGCGGCUCCCAGCAGUACCGGGGCAGCCAGUGGUGGCCACAGAGCGGUAACCCCGGGUACUGGCUCCUCAUCUAGUGGCGGAACCGGAGGAUCGAGCGUGUCGGGCGACGAAAAAAUCAGUACCCGUCGAAGCGUACGCAUGACGUCGUCGACCCUGUCCACGGCAGCGAUGAACAAUAAGGCCAAGGCGGCCGCUUUGCUGAAUGCAGCCACAGCUUCGGGCACCACCGGCACCAACAGUAACCACCAUUCGGUGUGUGUCGAUAGUAAUCAUGUGGGUACAACGACGGUGGUCACUUCUUCGUCAGCUGCUGUGGCAGGCACCGGCCCUGGUAGUGCCGUCAAUUCCAUUGGUUCCACCGUAGCAUCAUGUACGGGAAGUACUACGGGCAGUGGAUCGAACGGAAGUACCGCCCUAGCGGCUGGUCCUACCGGCGGUGGUGCCAGAUCCAGAUCUCCAAGCGGCACGAACGGAAGCCACGGGAAAGCAGGGCUUGCGAAUCACAUCAACCAUACUCAGCAUACUGGUGCUUCGUCCGUCAAAGGUGGCGCAGCGAUUGUUGAGGCGAAAGCGGGAUCCCUGGCCAACGCUGGCGCUAGUGGCGCGUCCCAAGCCGCCACUACCGAGGGAAGCACCACCAUCGAAGUGAGGCGCAAAACCCGAAGUGCAGCUGGACUGGAAGUGAACAUCACGGAAGGACGCCGUCGCCGGAUUUCUCGUGACAGCAAGUGA